AUGAGGGCCUCCCUGGCGGUUUCGGUCUUUGCGCUCCUCCAGCCAUUCGCUGCCGCCUCCUCAGACCUCGCCUUCUGUGCCACCGAUAACACGGGAUCAUCCUACUCGGCGGUCUCCGAUACAUAUCAAUCCAACGGAGCCUGUCUACAAACCUGCGCCAAUUACGCGUUGGGUGUGCUACAAGGGAAAAAAUGCUGGUGUACCAAUGUCGCUCCCGCCAAAUCCUCCCAGGAGGACACAUCCGACUGUGAUACGGGCUGUCCGGGAUACCCCUCAGACAGCUGUGGAAGUGCCUCCAAAGGAGUCUUUGCCUACGUCUCGAUCACCGGCAACGACAUCACCAGCACCGCUGGUGGCACAACAAGCUCGACAAGCACAUCCUCCUCGUCAAGCUCGUCCACAACCUCCUCCACCUCCGAAAAAACCACCGAUACCUCCUCCAGCGUCGCCGUCGAAACCAACUCCCAGGGCGUCGUAAAGACAAUCACCGUCGCGGGCUCCAGUGCCACCGCGGGGGCCAAGUCCGCCUCAGCCGACACGAGUGACGCGGACGAUUCGAGUCUGAGUGGAGGAUCCAUUGCCGGAAUCGUCAUUGGUGUAUUGGGAGGUCUCGCCCUGGUCGGGGCUUUGAUCUUCUUGAUCUUCUUCUACCGCAAGCGCGCCCGUGCCGUCAGCCCCAUUCCCAGCCAGGAUAUGACCGACAACCGAACCAGCCGAGGAUCGAGCUUCAUGCGUGGCAUCUUCCCUCAAGGCGAAGGUGCCGCUGGUGGGCCCAUCCCAGCCCGCUCUGGAACAACCUUCACCGAUAACCGCAUGAAGACCAACACGGUGCUCUACCCCAAUGGCGCUCGUGACAGCAGUGUCUCACUACAAGAUAACGAAGACUACUCUCGUCCUGUCCUCCGACUCACUAACCCCGAUUAA